UUGAAUUGUAACGAAAAGUAGAGAAAUCAAAAAAGUUGGGAAUUGGAAUUCCUUGGCUUCUGAAGAAAAUACAAUAAAAUAAAAUAAUGGAUAAUCAUUUAACUCCCAAGAAAAUACAAAGGUUAAUGCACUUAGCCGAAGAUAAAUCCUUUAAUUUGCAAAGACGACAGCAAACUUUUAAUAAUGAUGACGUACAAAGCAGCGUAGGUUCAAAUCAAAUGGCUUUUAAUAGAACUGGAACCAAUUACGAAUCCUCAUCGGGAAUCUUAGACUUGGAACGCGUAGAAGGUUUUGGUGAAUCAGGUAUUGAUAAUAUUUCGCUGAGUAAAUCGACUGCAUUCAAUCCAGGUGAAAUGACAGGAAGGUCCACAGGAACUGAAGAUAUUAAAGAGCCACUUAGUUCGGCAAGAGCAUUUGAAGAGUAUGGACGCCACUCAAUGGCUUUAGAGAGCAUUACAACCCACAUGGAUAAACAAACAUCUGAAAUUAAUGAUUUAAUGAGGCAUUCGAUUGCUACAAAUUAUUCAUUUCACUCAAAGAGAGAUCUAACAGCAGAUGAAGCAUCUCUCGUGAUGAGAGAGGCUCCUCUUCCUGUACAGCAUAGCACUCAAGCCAAUUUUCAAGACAGCUUACUGACGAGCAAUUCAAACAUGUCAGUUGGAGCAUAUUUUCAAAACAGGUGUCCGGAGUUUGGAAAAAUACUCUGUAAUGUUGACAGCCCAGACAGGCCAAGCAUAACAGAUGUAUCAUUAAUUGGCCCAUCAGACAUCAUACAAAGUAACCCAAACAAUACAUACAAAAUGGACACAACUCUGGACCGUGUACCAGUAAGACAGCCUCGUAUUGAUAAAUCACAGCCGCAAAACAUAGUUGCCAAUUUAUUCCCUACAAAAGUACAAGACAUGACCAAUUUGUCUGCUAAACCUUCACUCAUGGAUAUAUCUAAUAUGAAGCUCAAUAAAAGUUCUGUACCUGUGAAAAGUUAUGCACAAAUGGCUGGAACAAAAACAGUAAACCACAAUGCGAAUCCAAAAAUGUUUACGGCUCCGAAACCCACGGACAUAUUGCUAAGAAACUUACAGUUGUCAAUGCGUCUGGUGUCAGAUGAUACAGAAUGUUCUACGGAGAACUCGUUGAGUAUUUCAAAAAUUGCAGAUUAUCUAGGAAAACAAUCAAAUGUCAGUGUUACGGAUAUAUUACAGCUAAACAAUCAAACCAAGCAAGUAAAUAGGAAGCAGCCUCUCACUGAACUACACAUGAACAUAUUGGAAAAUAAAAAAGCAAAACAAGAUAUUUUUGUGACCAAUUUAAAAGAUACAAAAAAUAUUGAAACUGCUAGUUCAUCGGGGACAGUUAACACAGUUAUAUCUCUCGAUAAAUUAAAGCUUAAUGAGGAGAAGGAAGUGCCGUCUGUUAUUGUCACUCGUCACUCAAUGGAUACUCAGGGUACUGAUAGUGAUGAUGUCAAGAUGCACCAUAUGGCUCCGUCCCACUCGCCGUCUAGCACAAGUCAGUCUACCCUCAGUACAGUUCAAGAAGCUGCAAGUUUCAAAUCUGGCGAUAGUCCGUUACACUGUAGUAAAGGCGAGGUUAAUACAACGCAUACGCCUUUCCCAAACUUUGAAUAUAGAGAAUUAGAUAAGUCAGUAGAUUGGCAAGAGGUGUUACAGCAUAAACUUUUGAAACAGGAGAGCUUAGCAAAAGAAAAGUGGGCUGAAAUCAUAUCAACUCCCAUUAAAGGUUUCGUAGGCGUCAGCGCUGCUGUGUCUAUUACGGUAACAACACUGAUAGAUAGUUGGCUGACUGCAAAGUUUGAAUUUGAUGAACUACCUAACGGAGGAAGAGAUCUCACCGUCGAGUUACCGCGUCAACCGUUACUAUUGUCACCCGGAAAAACGGAGAAAUUCACGUUACACAUUACUUCUAACAUAGAAUUGGAACAGUACUUACCAUUCACCAUGUAUUUAAAAGACGCGUCAAUAGACGGGGACGUUGAACAAAAAGGACAUUUAGAAGUUAGUAUAAAAAUGCCAACAAUACAAGCAUUAUCCUGCGAUGGAGUUAACAAGGUUACCUUUCCGACAAUUCAAGAAAAAUCCACUUUAACUAAGUACUUCGUUUUAAUAAGCGAUUGUUGCGAAGAUCUUCAAUUAGAGUUAUCGAUAGCGGAGGGAGACAGUAUGUUUGUAAUCAAAUCUGUUCAGGAAAUAAUAAAGAAUGAUGUUAGCAAAGCUCUAAUGGAACGGAAUGCCUCGACUGAAGAUUCACAAGUAAAAAUUAAAAUGAAAGGCAUUAACAAGCAGUUAUGCAGGCUGAGUAGCGGUAAUGCCAUUAAAGUUACGAUUACGUUUGUCGCGCCGAAGCUGUUGGAUCUAGAAUUAACUGAAAAAAUGGUCACCUUCAAAGGCACAUUGAAUGUUAAUUUAAUUGGAGUUAACACCAUUUUGAAGAAAGUCAAUCUCAUUGGGUCAGUCGGGAGUGCCAGCCUUGAAGUGCAGCCACCGUCUAGUAAACUUCAUCUUACAAAUGAAACCACUACAAUAAACCUGUGUAAUACUGGCUCUGUGACUGGAGUUUGGGCAGUCAAAUUUAGGAGCAAUAAUAGUAAAGAUAAUCAAUUUCCUUUCAAAGUGUCUGCGACAAAACUGGAAAUUCGUCCUGAAAGUGUUAAAGAACUGAGCCUCAUUUACACAGGACCUCCGGAUGCUGUCAGUGAUGGGACUUUAAUAUUAGAAGAUACAGCUACAGGCAACAUAACUAAGAUUGAUAUUAUUGGAGGAUCAGAUAAACCUAAAACUUUUCCAGUCAAAACCAACUAUAAUAAUAUGUCAUGGGUGCGGGCUGGAAGAAAGGAGCUCAGUUUAAAAAAUUCUACAAACAAGAAAAUUCAGAUUCGCUGCCAAAUAGUUGGCGAAGGUUUCCUCAUUGAUUCUCCCGGUAUCGAAGCCAGAGGAACAUUCAUACUUUCCUUUGGACCGUGUGAAUGCAGGCCGUUGCCGAUCAUUUUCGCACCCAAUUCUUGCAUGCCGCAUGCAGCUGCGUUGCAUUUAGUUUUCGAUAAAAACAGCGACUACUCGAGAAAGAUCAAGCUGCACGGCUGCGGCAGCGGCGAGUCGCUGCGCUGGUCGGGCGUGGUGACGUACGGGCCGACGGCGCUCGUGCGCGCCGUGUCGCGCGCGCCGCUCGACCUCGCGCUCUACAACAAGGCGCUCAGCCCCGCCUUCGUCUACGCGCAGGUGCACUUCAACCUACAAUACAGAUUCAUAGAAGCUGAAUCACAGUUACUCGGUAGCCGUCGUAUAGUAAACCGUCGUUCGAAGCAUUCAAUAACGUUGCUCGUUCCGUGGAACAAACUGGAGCGACGCUUGCGCGGCAGCGACGCGACCGCACUCGCCACGGUCACCGUCAUCACGGGCCCGGAGUUCACACGCCGGAGGAUACUCAGAAUAAUCAAGGACCAAUCAACCGGAGAGUUGGAUGUGUCCUCACUGCCGGAUCACUUAAAAGUGUUAGUGGAGCCUUUUGAAGGAGAAGAUCUAUCUUUGGAUGCUUAUUUAGAGAAUUUCAGUGAAACCAAGGCUUGUCUGAAUGAACUUAUUGAAGGUCUUCAAGAAUUGACGGCACAAAUUGAUUUACCACAAGAUCUUGGAGAAGAAAAUACUAUUCUAAUAAGUGAUGAUACAAUGCUUGAACAUCAUACACUUUGUGAUUGAAAUUCUAUUUAGAGUUUCCCUCGCGAAAUGUUAUAAUCUGGCUGGCCAACACUUAUCGUAUCUAUAAUUUAAAAUGUUUUCUUUUGUAAUAAAAGAAUACUCACCUGAUGUUUGUACUUAUAGUUAUAAGUUUAGUAUUAUCCGUCCGCGAGUCAAGUUUGCUCUCUUAAGCUGACAUUUAUUUUACUCUUAUAAUCUUAGUAUUAUUAAUAUAUAUUACAUAAUAUUUAAGUGUCUCCGUAUUAAUGAUAACUCAAAUAUUCCUUAAAUUAUUGUUUUAACUUUUAGCCAUUAUUUUAAUAAUCAAAUAAUGUUCACUUGUAAUAGUUAUAAUGUAAGUUUAAAAAAGGAUAGAUGACUGUGUUUUAGUUUUCUUUUUGCUUAAUAAAUAUUCUAAUUGCUUAAUAAACAUUGUAAAAAUGCAUCAAUAAAAAACUUAUUUUAUUUCAUAUUAUUUAUUAUUUUCUUAACCAGUAUAUUUAUUCCAAUCGUUUUCCUAUUUUGUUUUUCAAUCAUUGUUUCUAAGAGAUUCCACUCAAUCGCAGUUGUCUGUUAGAAAUGACCUUUUAAAAAUAUUGCCUACUACUUAUAAAACUAAAAUGCAUUUCACUUAUAAUAAAGUCAUUAAACGCUGCAAAAUGAUAUUUUAUAUACAGGACUAAAUUUGAGAAUUUAUAAAAUUAAAAUUGGAUAUUUUUGCUAAUUAUAUUGAUCCUUUCGAAUGAGCCCCUAUUUGUUAAUGUAUUGGAAUAAAUUAACUCUAAUUUGGGCAUAAAACAAUACAUUGAAAUAAGAAUGUAUUUCGGGGCUUAUCCUAAAGGACUGCGUCAACAGUUUAUCGAGCUUGGUGUAUUUUAUGUUACCAUGAUUAUAUCUCUUACACAACGAAAAUAUUUUCCGAACACACGACACAGUACAUUCACACGUCGCAAUCAUUCAUCAUUCGAUCUCACUCACAAUAGUUCAAUUCACACACACGUUGAACUCUCGCUUUCACAUCGCAUUUGGCAGUUUAUCAUAGUUACUUCAUACAUGUCAAUAUUCACAUAACACUCUUUAUUACAAAAUAAUAUAUAAUAACAUUCUAUGAUUACAUACAAUCACAAAUUCACGUAGUACAAUGUUUAUUAUAAAGCUGGAGAUGGAAUGUGAAUAUCGACACGAUAUUAAAGUGAGCUCCACUCGGGAUGUCUUGUCUACAUGCCAUAGUCUACAUAUAAAAAAAAUCUUAUUGAAAUGGAAGUACUUAUAUUUUACA